CUUCUGCAGUGCAGCUCUUCAUUCUGUGAUGAUAGUGAUGAAUAGUCACAGUGUGCUGGGAUUCCUGGCGGGCUGCUGUGUGUGUGUCACAGAGCUAGAGAGCGAGGGGGAGGUGAAAGUUCACCAUGGCUUGGCCAUAUCAGGUGACAAUGUGCAAAAGUUUGGCUGCCUCCUCAGAUUAAAUUUCUCAAACUCGGAGAAUGACAAGCGAACGGGAAUAUAAUGAAGUGGACGGAGAAAACGAGGCGCUGUCGUUCGAUUAUUAUGACGAUGAUGAUGAUUUCGACACAUUCGAGGACGGAGACUGCGGCUGUGAUGAAGGAGUGCUGGGCUUCAGUGAUCCACUCAGCUGUGAGGUGAAACCUCGGAUCCUGCUCAUGGGCCUGAGGCGAAGUGGCAAGUCUUCCAUUCAGAAAGUUGUAUUCCACAAGAUGUCACCCAACGAGACUCUGUUUCUGGAGAGCACUAAUAAGAUUUGUCGAGAGGAUGUUUCCAACAGUUCCUUUGUCAGCUUCCAAAUCUGGGACUUUCCUGGUCAGAUUGAUUUCUUCGACCCCACAUUCGACUAUGAGAUGAUAUUUCGUGGCACAGGGGCUCUCAUUUUUGUCAUAGACUCUCAGGACGAUUACGUGGAGGCAUUGAGUAGACUUCACCUCACCGUGACAAGAGCCUACAAGGUCAAUCCUGACAUCAACUUCGAGGUCUUCAUCCACAAGGUGGACGGCCUUUCAGAUGACCACAAGAUUGAGAAACAGAGGGACAUACACAAACGAACCAAUGAUGAUCUAGCCGAUGCUGGUUUAGAAAGAAUACACUUGAGCUUCUACUUGACAAGCAUCUAUGAUCAUUCAAUCUUUGAGGCCUUCAGUAAAGUUGUGCAAAAACUCAUCCCUCAGCUUCCCACCCUUGAGAAUCUGCUCAACAUUUUUAUAUCUAAUUCAGGGAUUGAAAAGGCUUUUCUCUUUGAUGUGGUCAGUAAGAUUUACAUAGCAACCGACAGCAGCCCGGUGGACAUGCAGACCUAUGAAUUGUGUUGUGACAUGAUAGAUGUGGUUAUCGACAUCUCAUGCAUCUAUGGGUUGACUGGAGAUGAGGUGGGAACUCCUUAUGAUAAAGAAUCAAUGGCCAUAAUCCACUUGAACAACACUACGGUCCAGUACCUAAAAGAGGUCACCAAAUUCCUUGCCCUGGUGUGUAGAUGUAAGAGGCUAAUUACACUUGUCUUUGCUCACCCAGGACUUAUCGAUUACAAUUUCCACUGUUUUAAGAAAGCCAUAGAAGAGGUGUUUGACGUGCGCUUGAAAGUGCAGAGGAGUCGGAAGCUUCUGAGCCAGAGGAGGUGGAGCAGGCAGACCGUGCCAAACGGGACUCAGGUGCAUCCUCAUUGAAGAGCACUGAAAGCCCUCCAUCCUGUUACAGUGACUCCAGAGUGAAGGCUUCACACAGACUUCGCUUGUUCUUUGAAUCUUCUUCAGGUCUACUUGCUGCUCUUCAGUGAUCCAAAAUGGCAAUAUAGAUUCCGUUGUGCAUUAAAUAUCUUGCACAGCUAACUUAGCUGUUCAUGCAAAGUUUGUAAAGUAAGCUACUUUUUUUGUUGUUAUUUUCAUUAAUAUUUUUUACUCAAAAUCAAUCAACUGUGCUACAGUUUCUCACAAAAACAUGGUAAAAGUAAUUUCCAAAGUCACAAAUGCAAGAUCAUACAUGGUAAAACAAGAAAGUGAUUUUUUUACAUACAUUUUUAAUUGGUUAAAAUUAAAAAUGAAUGCCCCAUUUUUUUACUUUGUUAUUGAUGGUUAAAUAGCUAUUCAGUUUCACAUAUUCUUUCUUUAUUUACUUAAAUUUGUGAUUUCAGUUUUUCAGCAGCUUUUUUAGGGCCAUUUACUGUUCUUUACCUGUCUAAAUAGACAAUACAGACCGCUGUGUACAUUAAAUAUAUUGCACAACUAAUUUAGCUGUCCAUAUUUUAAAUGUUUUGCAAAGAAUGCAACCUUUUUGUUUUUUCAAUAAUAUUUUUUUUUACCUUGAAAAAAAUCUGUGCUAAAAGUCACAAGUGCUAGAUCAUACUUUUGUCACGUUUAGGGCACGA